UAGACAAGCAGGUGUAGACAGGUUACUGUUAUUGCAAUUCAUCUCAACUAACAGGAUUCACUGAUUUGAGAGGGAGCAGUCGUCCAACUGCUCUGUAACAACAAACAAGUUUUGACAGGAGGAUGGCCAACUUCAAGGGACAUGCCCUUCCCGGCAGCUGCUUUUUGCUGUUAGGCCUGUGUUGGUCAAUGAAGUACCCUCUCCGCCACUUCUGGAGGAGGCGUCAGCCUAAAGGAAGACAAAAACUGCCCCUGUUCUUUAACAGAAUCGACUUAAUCGAGGGGGCACUCAUCAUUUUCUUAGCCUUUGUGGGCAUCAUGGCAGAGCAGUUUGUGCCCGAUGGGCCCCAUGGCCACCUGUACCUCAGAGAGACUAAGUCCUGGGUGAAGCUGAUGAACUGGCAGCACAGCACAAUGUACUUCUUCUUCGGCAUUUGGGGAAUUGUUAAAGUCCUCAGUAUGUCACCGCUUCCAGUCCCACUUGGUCUUGACCGCCUUGCUCUCUCUCUGGCUUUUUUCAUUGAAGGGUUUCUGUUUUACUUCCAUGUGCAUAUGCGCCCUCCUCUGGAUACCCACAUCCACUCCCUGCUGUUUGUGGCAGUGUUUGGUGUGGCGGCCAGCACCCUGUUGGAGGUGUUCAUGCGAGAUAACAUCAUACUGGAGCUGCUCAGGGUCAGCCUAACCAUCCUGCAAGGCUCCUGGUUCUUUCAGAUUGGAUUCGUGCUGUACCCAUUAAACGGAGUACAGUGGGAUCUGAAGGCACACGAUAACACCAUGUUCGUCACCAUGUGCUUCUGCUGGCAUCUAGCUGUGGCCCUGCUGAUCGUUGGCAUCAACUACUGGAUGGGCUGGUGCUGUGUACAAAGAUGUGCAGGGAAGGGAGGUGACAUAGAGAUCGGGAUGAGAAAGACAUCCAGCUCCCAGAAGGCUCUGCUGCAGGAUUCUGAUGAAGAGUAAGUGGAUGGAUCAUGAAGUGUACCACAGGAGGUUGGUGGCACCUUAACUGGGGAGGAUAGGCUAGUGGUAAUGGUUGGAGCGGAAUAGUAUCAAAUACACUACAUCAACACACAUGGAAGUGUUUGAUGCCAUUCCAUUAGCUACGUUACAGCCAUUAUUGAGUCGCUCUCCCCUCACCAGCUUCCACUGGUGUGUACAGUAGUAGAUCACUGUUAUUGUUUUCUGCAAUUGUUAUUUUUUUGUCUGAAGUUUGAUUAACAUUUUUUUAACAUUAACAUUUGUAUCCGUGCUAGCGUGUAUAUUUUUUAUUUUGAGUGAUAUUUUUCAAUGAAAUAAUGAGAUGUGUUGUUGAGUUCAGAUUAAGGCCAAAUUAAUUGCAAAUAAAAUGAUUUACAAAUGCAUGUAAUUCAAACUAUAAAAGCUAAUUUAUGAUUGUCAAGAUAAGUGAAAUGUACUAGCAUUCCUUUGAGGUUUCCUCCCUGAAGUGAAACAUGAACACCGGACAUUGUUACCUGACAGGGUUUCCUCUCCUCUUAAGACGGUUUAAACGUGCUCAUCCUGCCUGUGGCUAUAGAGCACGUACUUCCUUCCAUCCUGGAAACAACACAAUGUCUAAUGGAUUACCAAAGAAAAUACACUGAACAAAAAUUGAAACGCAACAUGUAAAGUGUUGAUCCUAUGUUUCCAAUCUGAAUGUGUGGCAUAUCAAGAAGCUGAUUAACAUGAUCGUUAUACAGGUGCACCUUCUGCUGGGGACAAUAAAAGGCCACUUUAAAAUGUGCAGUUUUGUUACACAACACAAUGCCACAGAUGUCUCAUGUUUUGAGGCAGGGUGCAAUUGGCAUUCUAACUGCAGGAUUGUCCACCAGAGCUGUCACCAUACAAUUGAAUUUUAAUUUCUCUACCAGAAUCCGCCUCCAAAGGAAUUUUUGAGAAUUUGUCAAUACGUCCAACUGGCCUCACACAGACCACGUGCAUGGAGUCGCGUGGGCGAGCGGUUUGCUGAUAUCAACGUUGUUAACAGAGUGCCCCGUGGUGGUGGGGUUAUGGUAUGGGCAGGCAUAAGCUAUUGACAACGAACACAUUUGCAUUUUAUCGAUGGCAAUUUGAAUGCACAGAGAUACAGUGAUGAGAUCCUGAGGCCCAUUGUCACGCCAUUCAUCCACUGGCAUCAUCUCAUGUUUCAGCAUGAUAAUGCAUGGCCCCAUGUCACAAGGAUCUGUACACAAUUCCUGGAAGCUGAAAAUAUCCCAGUUCUUCCAUGGCCUGAAUACUCACCAGAUGCUCUGGAUCGACAUGUACGACAGCGUGUUCCAGUUGCCACCAAUAUCCAGCAACUUCGCGCAGCCAUUGUUCUUAUUUAUUUAACUAGACAUUGAAGAGGAGUGGGAGAACAUUCCACAAGCAACAGCCUGAUUAACUAAGGAGAACAUUACCUGCCCCAAUUCAUAGUGCCAACUGUAAAGUUUGGUGGAGGAGGAAUAAUGGUCUGGGGUUGUUUUUCAUGGUUCUUGUGGCAACAGUUUGGUGAAGGCCCUUUCCUGUUUCAGCAUGACAAUGCUCCCGUGCACAAAGUGAGGUCCAUACAGAAAUGGUUUGCCGAGAUCGGUUUGGAAGAACCUGACUGGCCUGCACAGAGCACUGACCUCAACCCCAUCGAACACCUUUGGGAUGAAUUGGAACACCGACUGCGAGCCAGGCCUAAUCGCCCAACAUCAGUGCCCGACCUCACUAAUGAUCUUGUGGCUGAAUGGAAGCAAGUCCCCGCAGCAAUGUUCCAACAGCUAGUGGAAAGCCUUCCCAGAAGAGUGGAGGCUGUUAUAGCAGCAAAGGGGGACCAACUCCAUAUUAAUGCCCAUGAUUUUGGAAUGCGAUGUUUGAUGAGCAGGUGUCCACAUACACUACAUGGCCAAAAGUAUCUGUGACCAACAGUAUUCCCAGUCAUGUGAAAUACAUAGAUUAGGGCUAAUGAAUUUAUUUAAAUUGACUGAUUUCGUUAUAUGAACUGUAACUCUGUAAAAUCUUAGACAUUUUUGCAUGUUGCGUUUAUUGUUGUUCAGUAUAUAUUUCCAAUAAAUCGCAAAAAUAUUUUUUUCA